UCGAUGUUCCAUGCGUAACUCAGACUUAUCAAGGCAAUCUUGGAAUAAUUAAGAGUCCCCAUUUUCCCCAGCCUUUUCCAGUUCCAUCCUGUAGCAUUUACAGAAUACAAGUUCCAGCUGGUCGCGUAAUAAAAUUAACCUGGAAUAAAUUUAGUAUCAGCCCAAAUGUUCCCGUUUCUUUGUGCUUGAAUUACAUCGAAUUAUAUGAUCGAUGGCUAAAAUCAGAAAAUAAAAUUUAUAAAUUUUGUUCUGGCGACAAGCUACCACCAUCAUUUACAUCUAGUAGCAACACUGUCUACCUGACAUUCACAACGUCUACGAUCAGCUCGCUAAAUUCAGGAUUCGAAGGUGUCUAUCGCUCAAUUACUCGAGAUGUGUGCAAUAUUAAGAGUGAAACUCCAACUGGUGCUAUUACCAUUCCUAAUAAUCCAUCGUAUCUUCACCUAGACCUCGACUGCUUUGUAACCAUCAAUAUUAUUGAUAUUGACUAUAUUAUCCUUAGAUGGGUAGAAUUUGGCCCCCAACUAUUUGACAAUCCUUCUUUAUGCAAAAAUUAUAUUGCUAUUUAUAAUGGUCUAAUCAAUUCCACUGAUUUGAUUAUGUCAUUGAAAAUGUGUCAAGAAGGAAACGCUACUACGUUGCCAGUAAAAUCAAAGAAUUUGAUCAAUGUACGCUAUCGUGUUUGGGAUUAUAAUCACCUUAAGAACUUUCGAUUCUUUUAUAUAGGGGCCUUGGCAUCAAUUAGUGACAUCGCCAAGAAAUUUUCUGAUGCAAUAGCUUUUGUUAGUCUCAGUUUCGUAAUUUAUCGAACUACUUAA